CUUCUAUAACACAGCUAAGCCCACACAAGAUCAAGAGCUGGUAGUAGUACUCUUACCCUCUUGCAUUAGCCUUUUCCUUCAUCAUACAAUUUAUCUUGAGAAAUCAAGCUGUACCUCCACAAGUUGACAUGUCGACGGUGACCUCGUGCACCUUCCUGAGCAUCCGCCCCACGGUGAGCUCUGCUGGCAGUCUCUUAUCCAAGAAACCGGCAGCGUUUGUUUCCCUUGCGUCGGAGAGGAAAUCUAGGCCUCUUUCGCCGUGCUUCGCAAUUAGCUCCAACAAACCAGGGGACCCAAAAAUAGAUGUGUCGCCAUUCAGCAUUUCACCCGUUGUUCUGGUGAACCCGGUGCCGGUGGACGGCGAGCGGUGGCAGGUGGCGGAGAACAAAGAUGAAGUGAGCCUGUGGUUCGACGUGCCGGGGCUUUCUCCGGCAGAUCUGAUCGUCGAGAUCGACGAGGACGUGCUCGUCAUCAAGAAGAAGAAGAAGGCGAGCCCAAAGAGCAACUACAAUACUCCUACUUCCGGUGCCAUUGCAGAUCAUCAGGAGGCCACCGCCGACGAGUUCAGCGGCGGCGGGAUCUACGCGCGGCUGCUCCUCCCGGCGGGGUACAGUAGAGAGGGUGUCCAGGCAAAGCUCACCUCCGGCGAGCUGAAGCUCACCAUUGGCAAGGUCAAGGAGAGUGUCCGCAGGAAGAUCAAUGUCGAUAUCUCUGUCAAGUAGAAUUCAGUGAGCUUCCAUGGAAUUCAUAUAUGGUCAUCUGUGAUGAAGGAUCGGAGCAACGGUGCAAGUUAUAUCUUGCCUAAGAUUCUAGCUCAUAUAUAUCAAUAACUGGUCCAUGAUCUGAUCUCUCUCUCUCUAUGUAUACAUCCUUUGCUGUUUUCCUAAGGUUGAGUAUGCUUAUGUAUGCAAGCUUUAUUCCGGCUGCAUCCAAAUAAAUAAAAUGAUCAUCUUUGUUGUGCUUUCA